GGUGGGAGGAGGGAACAGCUGCGGGCGCGGGGAGGGGGCGUCUUGCGUCGGGGACUAUGGCCGAGCCGGGAAGCCGGAAGCCAGAGAGCCGGGCCUGCAGCUCGAGUACCGGAGCUGCAAUGGCCCCCCAGCUCUUCCGUGCCCUGGUGUCUGCGCAGUGGGUGGCCGAGGCGCUUCGAGCGCCUCGCGCUGGGACGCCACUGCAGCUGCUUGAUGCUUCCUGGUACCUGCCCAAACUGGGACGCGAUGCUCGCCGCGAGUUCGAGGAGCGCCACAUCUCGGGUGCCGCCUUCUUCGACCUGGACCAGUGCAGCGACCGCACGUCGCCCUACGACCACAUGCUACCCAGCGCUUCGCACUUUGCUGAGUAUGUGGGCCGCCUGGGCGUGGGUGCUGCCACACACGUCGUGGUAUAUGACGCCAGUGACCAGGGCCUCUACUCUGCGCCACGUGUCUGGUGGAUGUUCCGCGCCUUCGGCCACGGCGCAGUGUCCUUGCUGGACGGUGGCCUCCGCCACUGGCAGCAUCUGGGCUUCCCGCUCAGCUCGGGCAAGAGCCAUCCCGUGCCCGCCGAAUUCCGCUCAGAGCUAGACCCUGCCUUCAUCAAGACAUUUGAGGACAUCAAGGAGAACCUCGAGGCCCGGAGCUUCCAGGUGGUGGAUGCCCGUGCCACUGGCCGCUAUCGGGGCACCGAACCUGAACCCCGAGAAGGCAUCGAACCUGGCCACAUCCCUGGCACCGUCAACAUCCCCUUCACAGAUUUCCUGACCAAGGAGGGCCUGGAGAAGAGCCCUGAGGAGCUCCACCGCCUGUUUCAGGAGAAGAAGGUGGACCUGUCCCGGCCACUGGUGGCCACAUGUGGCUCUGGUGUCACAGCCUGCCAUGUGGCGCUGGGGGCCUACCUGUGUGGCAAGUCUGAUGUGGCCAUCUAUGACGGCUCCUGGGUGGAGUGGUACAUGCGUGCCCAGCCUGAGGAGGUCAUCUCUGAGGGCCGGGGGAAGACCCUCUGA